UCAAAUCAGCUAAACCCCACGAUGAACCACCAGAAAUUGAUCCCAGUUCCGUUCUUCCCUCAGCCCGAAACAUAUCAAAUGUUUCGGCUCCUCACUGAAAAUCCAUCGUUUCGUGGCUCUUUCUUAGAACCCCAAAAUUCAUUUUCUUCACCUUUUACCUUUGACCACUACAACCCCACAAAUUACCCUCCUGUUUCACCCGAUAUCUCGGCUUCUGUUUCACUCUCCGAUAGUUUCAAGAAAUCGCCAGACACACCACCGAUCCUUGAUGGAAUCGGUGCUAUUGUUGGUCAACAAGUCCUUUUUGGUACGAAUGAUUCCAGGAAUUCAGAAGUAUCGUGUCUUUCUUCAAUUUCUCAACGUACCGGGUCAAAAACAAGCAAGCAAGAAAGUGGCGCUGUGAGAAGCAGUAUUAGUAAUGGCGUUCCAAUACGAAAGACCUACAGAGGGGUGAGAAAGAGGCCAUGGGGGAGGUGGUCAGCUGAGAUAAGAGACCGUAUAGGGCGGUGCCGCCACUGGCUUGGAACAUUCGACACCGCAGAGGAGGCAGCGCGUGCAUAUGACUCAGCUGCUAGAAGACUUAGAGGUGCAAAAGCAAGAACUAACUUUGAAAUCCCUCCUGUUUUGCCUCCUGUAUCUUCUUCUUCCUCUUCUCCACCAAGUGCAUGCUCAGUUUCAAUCUCUAAUAACACAGAAGCGAGGAAGAGGACUAACGUUAAUAACCACAGCAGCAAAAUGGUUGGUAAUGGUGGUAGGAAGUGUGCAGUUGUCACUUCUGUGGCACAUUUGUUCAGUGAUUUUGAAGGGAAAGGAACUAGUGCCAGUGGCAAUGUGGAGCUCGACUUGAAAUUGGGAAUGGGGUCUGAUGGUCAUCGUGGUGGCAACAAGAGUGCUGCUAGUGCUCCUCCAUCUAUGGUGAUUUAGUGCUGCUCAGUAAGCAGUAAGGUAUUUUGCUAUAUAUUAUAUGUGGUUGUGCUUUUUGUUCUUAUCUUGGGUUACUACAGUUGUAUCUAGUAGUUUCUUGUUCAUGGGCGAAUGUUAAUGCAUGUGCAAGAAUGGUAGCUAUGACUGGCUAUAUAAUCAAGGCACAUUCUUUGAAGAUGAUUAUUGCCGAUGAGUACUCUCGAGAAGACGGUGAUGAUGAAUAUAGAAACUGACAGUAUUUACUACUACUUUCCCCUC